CCCCGGAUGACUCAGAGUCGGUAGUCAUCAGUUUUGUUUGUGUGCAUAUUUGUGGAUGCUAUAGAAUCCUUUGUUUGUGUAUGAUGGAUGAGUAUGACAUCUCUGAAGAAGAUGGAAAAUAAAUGUCAUCUAUUAUUUAUUCAAAUCUGUCUUAAAUUUGAUAUGUUCUUCAUUCUGCACUUUGCAAGAAUGGAAGUCUGUAGAUUUGCACAUUAUCAUACAUCAUUACUCAUAUCUCUGGAAUACUUGAUUCUGAUUGGUCAAUCACAGCAUUUCACAGUCGAAUAUUCUUGUAUAAUGAACACUAAACAGUUUACUGUUGUCCCUGGCAACAAGUCUCCUACACUGUGCUGGGUUUCAUGUUUUUGCAUCAUUCUGCAGUGUCUUUCAUUUCACAUACAAAAAUAAUGUAACUGAAAGUAUUUCAUGUCCUUUAUUUUGGGAAAUUAGCCAUAAAAUUAGGGGGAUAAUGAACAGUCAGUUGAUCAUUAUCACAAAAUAAACCUCUUCAGAAAGAUUCUGAUCACCCUAUCUGGGUUUAUUUUGAGAUAAUAUCCAUCUGACUGUACAUUACAGUAUAUGUUAUAUUUUAAAUUUAUAUAUUUUUCUUAUGUAGUGUCUACUUAUCAUUUGCAUUUAAGUUUCAAAAUAUAACCAAAGUCCGUGCAUGUUCUGCUUUUCAGACACUGGUAUUUCCUUUUGAAUAUAUUCAAAUAUAGUUGAUAAUUAAUACAGGUAACAUUCAAAUGACUUAACCAUAUCCUCAAAAGUUUGUACAGGAAAAAAAAAGGUUUGAAAUUAUACUAAAGAAUUCUUGGAAUGUGUGAUUUUACUGUAAUCAAAGAGACAACAGUUAGCUUAAUCCAUAGUCUUUCACUCAGUGUAAGAGUUAGUUUCUGUAUAAUUAGUUUUACGUUCCCCACACUACAGUAAUCAGCUGUGCUUUAACUCAUUGUAAGAGGCUCAUUUAACCAUAAUCUUGGGUUUUCCCUCCAUGCCUUUGCCCUGACUGUAAAUAAAAUCCCCAUGUUUUUUUUCCAAAUGGAAAAAUCUACAAAACAAAUUCUUUGGUUCUGGUGUUAUAGUAGGAAAGAGGUUCUCUGAACUCCCUUCUAACCACAAGAAAAGUGUGAUGAUAACAUCUAGGAAGACAUACUGUAGCUGUUUGUCCCUAUCAACAAAACAAACAAACUCAUGAUAAACAGUGUCUUGUCUCCCAUUGAUUGAACAUAAAGUGUUGAUCUCAUUCCCUCCCAUCUAUGAGCACAAGUUCACUUGUGCUGUUAAGCACUUUACAUCAUUGAGGGAGAAGAGAGAGCGCUUUGUGGACUGAACAAUGCUGGCCCAGAUCAAAGUCCAGCCAUUGUAAUGUGUCUGAGAACGAAGAGCACCUACAUCGAUGUCUGUCCAUGACGUUUUGACUCUAGCAUAGCACAGGCAGAGUCUGACUCACUGGCAGAGAAAGAACAAAAUCCAAGGGUCAGUGCCCAGGGAUUCGCUCCAUUGUUACAGUUUGCCUAUACGGCUAAGCUGCUGCUCAGCAGAGAAAACAUCCAGGAGGUCAUCCGCUGUGCUGAAUUCCUGCGCAUGCACAACCUGGAGGACUCCUGCUUUCGCUUCCUGGAGGCCCAACUGCGCAGUGAGGAGGAUGGCCUGGUCCUCUGUCACAAGAUGGCGUCUGAGAGCAAUCACUCGGAGGACGAGAGCAUGCAACCUGAGUUGCUGACGACAACACCAACUGCAGUGACCCUGUCUGGCUCUCCACGCUCUCGCCGUGAAAACGCCCUGAACUCCUUGCGGCGGCCAGACCAUGAGCGGCUGGCGGUAACAGAGGAGUUUGCUGAUGGACAGAUGGACUUCGAGCGACACGGCACCUCAGACCUGCCGCGAUGCCCUAAAUACAGGAAGUACCAGUGGGCAUGCAACAAGCACAAUAACGAGACCUCCUCACACACCAGUACCUCAGGUUUUCCAAGCACAUUCAAGGAGAUGAACAGGCCAGCUGUGAUGCAAAUCAAGCAGGAGCCACGCAGCGAGGAAGAGUCCAUCUCGCUUUGCUUGUCAGGGGACGAGCAGGACGGUGGUGAAAAGGACAGUGUGGCUGAGAUGGAGCUGGAUGGUUCCAUCACAGUGGACCAACCGAGAAGCAGCAGCAAGUCACCCACCUGCCUACGAACUCUCUUUAAGAAAGACCUGCCUAGCACACCCCAGCAGCUCUUCGCUAACAGACUCGUCAAUGCCCAGGAUAAAGUAACCACUCAGGGAGACCACAAAAAAGACUACAGGCCUUCGCUUGGCAAUGAGCUUGGCGUGCCUGUGGCGUUCCCCAAAGACGCAGAUGGUUUCCCGCCAGGGCUUUCGUUGAAGUCAGCUCCCUGCGAUGGUGUGUGCAAGCUAGAGGUGGAACCGGACCGCCGCAGUGUCAUCUUCUCCUCAGGGCCCUGUGACCGAAUGGGUACGCCCACCCACUCCCAUCCCAGCGGGAACUCACUGGAGAAAGAGCUCUCAGAACACAUGCCAAAGGGAUUGUGGGCCGGCGCCAGCCAGUCCCUCCCCAGCUCCCAGACCUACUCCCCCAGCACCACAGCCAGCGACCCACCCCUGCUUUGCCGCCAAAGGCCCAAUACCAGCUGCCCAGUGCCAAUCAAGGUAUGCCCGCGAUCGCCCCCAUCAGAGACCCGAACUCGGACCUCCAGUUCCUGUUCGUCGUAUUCUUAUGCUGAGGAUGGGAGCGGCGGGUCCCCCUGCAGCCUGCCGCAGUUCGAGUUUUCCUCCUCGCCUUGCCCCAAUGUGACACGGUGUCUCACGACUGACCCGCAGGAGGCAGGCGGUGGGACGGAUGUGCUAUUUGCACGGGUGCGGCCCAAGAUAAAGUGUGAGCAGUCGUAUGGAACCAAUUCCAGUGAUGAGUCAGGGUCCUUUUCGGAGGGGGACAGUGAAUCAUGUCAUGCUCGAGAGCAAGGCCCUGAGGUCAAGCUUCCAUUCCCAGUCGAUCAAAUCACAAAUCUUCCACGCAACGACUUCCAAAUGAUGGUGAAAAUGCACAAGCUGACCUCAGAGCAGCUGGAAUUUAUCCAUGACGUGCGCAGACGCAGUAAGAACCGUAUCGCGGCCCAGCGCUGCCGCAAGAGGAAACUUGACUGCAUCCUGAACCUUGAGUGUGAAAUACGCAAACUGGUGUGUGAGAAGGAGAAGCUGUUAACCGAGCGCAACCAGUUGAAGGCAUGCAUGGGAGAGUUAUGGGAGAAUUUCUCCUGUCUAUCUGAGGAGGUGUGUCGAGACGUGCAGCUGAGCCCAGAACAGGUCCAUCACUACUGCCCCAUUCUGCGCCCCGGCAACCAGGCCCUGCCCACCGGCAGCAUCGACCUCACCACUUGCUCCACCCCCGAACAGAGCUUCCACAAAUCGGCCGCCGCAAAAGACGGUCAACCGCGACCAGCCCAGUGGAAGACCGGAAAUGGUUCCGAAGACAACGACAGGGAGGAGCAAGAACCCGGCUCCGCCUACCUGGAGGCGGGGCUGUCCCUGGAACAGUCCAAUCAGACGGUGACAGUAGACUUCUGUCAGGAGAUGACAGAUAAAUGUACAACUGACGAACAGCCCAACAGAAAGGACUGUACCUAAUGACAGUGGUUUCUCUGUGUUGAUUUGUUUUACAAUGUUUUUUUUAUUAUUUAAUUUAGUUACGUCUGACAAACCCUCAAAAAUCGAGGGCUGUUGAGAUGGCCAGCCUCUGCCAGUGUUUUUGAUUUUUUUUUUUUUUUUUUUUUAUAUAUAAAUAUUUAUGUCUUUUUAUUGUCUUUUUUUAAAACAAAGGUUGACACUACAGUUGUCUUAACAGCAGCAAUACUGUUCUCCAGGUUCUCUCUUAUUCAGCCAUGGCAGAGUGGCUGAGACCUUCUCACAGAACUUCAUGAUGGUGCUACACCUUUCCAUGACAGUGGCAACACUGUCUGUUUCCAAUUACAGUCCAUUCAGAUGGGAUGGGCUCUGACCACAUCUCAAAUUCAGACCUCUACGGACCUAGCAGCAGCUUUUUUGCUCUCUCUAUCUGUCUCUCUCACCCCACCCCACCUCCGUUCACUAUUCCUGCCCUCUACCUCUAAAUCUCUACCAUCCUUCUCUUUUCUCUUUCUCCUUGUGGCCCUUGUCACAGUAAAUUCAAACUCAGGAAAUAUUCUGAAUGUUCAGUAUAACUCAUGAAAAAAAAAAAAAAUACAGAUUUUUUUUUUUUCUACAGCAGCUAGACUGUAAAUGUCCAUAUGCAAAAAUGUCUUCUGCAUCAUACGUUUGUAGUGUCUGUGUUCCACAACACUUAAUUUGUACAGAUGGUGGUAUCUAAAACAUUCCUCCUUUGCCUUCCACAGCACUGAUACGAAAGAAAGUACGACGGAAAGACGAACGAUUCGCAUCGUAGUUUCGCCCACCUUUUGCGUCAGCAAUACUGUACCAUUGGAUGUUUUCGAGAAGUGCUUGCUUGGCAGAAAGCGUAUUGUAAAUAGUACGGCGCAUGGAGACGGUUUCAGUAAUAUUGUACAGGUAGAACUUUAGAUGGCUUUUUCAUUUUUCUUUGCUUUCUUUUCUCUGGGGUUUUAUCAAGCACCUUUUUGUCACGAAGGGAAAAUUGUUGCUGUUUCCUGUCUCAAAUGAAUUCCCCAUGACGAUGGGUGUGCUUAAACUCAGGAAACUAGCAUUCUUACACUCACGCAUGCACACACACGAUCGCAUACGAACCCCCCCGCCGGUGCAGCGCAUAGAGCCCCUUGCAUGUAAUUUGGAUGUAAAUGGUGUGCGUAGUGGUGAGCUGUUCUCCUUUAAAUGUGAAAAAGUGCUCUAUGAGAAAACCUUAUUUCUUAUCAGUAUUUACAGUGUGUUCAAGGACACCUCCGAACAGUGUUAUCUAAAACAAACGUUGUCACGAUCCCACACCCUUUCAGUUUCGGCCCGUUUUACCGCUCUGACAGGAACAGGAAAUGAUCUUGAAGUCAAUUAAAGGGCCUUGUCCUUGGCUUUUUUUUUCUUCCCUCAGCACUCUUUGACCGUUUAGCACUUCAGAAAGGGUAGAUUUCUUUUUCAGAACCCUAAAAAGUCUGAAAUUGAAGCACUUAAUGCGGACACUUAAAAGUGUCUUUUCAGGCAGAUGAUCUUUAACGACUUGGUAUCUUAUAAAGAACGUUUUCAGGUUCAUUUAAACGAAAAAAAAUAAGGGAGUAUUCAAACUGCAUAUUUAUGGAAGACACUAAACAAACUUCAAAUCUGAUCUGAAUUGGAUGGAAUAAGCCCAUUCUUUAAAGUCGUCCUAUAUUUCCCUUUAUUGUACAUUUUUUUUAGACGCGUAUAUCCAUACUAAUGGUUAAUUGCAUGCUGCCUGUAUGUUUUAUAUAGUUUGUUUAGAGUUUCUUUGCCUCAAAAUGUAGGCCUCAGAAAAACAGUUCGAUGGUUGUUUACUUGAGUAUAACCUGAGAGCGUUUUUCUUUUAAAAAAAAUUGGAUCCCCCAACAGUUGGGAAUGCCUCUCAUUUGACAUAGUGCUAUAUUAUUUGAAUGACCUUUGACCCCUAGAGCUCUAUGUAUGCGUGCUUGUGUAUUUGCCAGUCUGAUUGUUAAAUAUUCAGACGCGUUUCAAGUUAUAAUACAUCCCCUCUCCCUCUCGUAUGCAAGCGCACACACACACACACACACACACACACACACGUCACACUGGUGGAAGUGUCUCUCCUGGGAUGUAGAAUCUAGAGGUGUUGUGAUGGAUAGUUGUGCUGUUGUUUUCAUUGUGGAUCUUUUUCUCUUUCUCUCUUUCUCUUUUUUUCUAAAGAAAUUGAAACCAGUAUUUGCCAUUUCUAAAUUGUAAUCAGGUACAAGACUAGAACUAAAGAUUUAUGGGUCCAAGUGGACAUUUGUGCACACAUAUGCAAAUCAUCCCUAUAAUGAUGCGUUUUUCUUAUUUCCUGUUGUAUAAAUAAUGAAUAAUGAAGUGUGGAAAGCAUGAACUUCCACUUGACAAGCACACUGUCGUACACUUGAGAAUCUAUAUCCACAAUUUUGACAUUUCUGCAGAAAAUUCAACAAAAGGUCACACCUGCAUCAAGGCGAUCCAAAAACAUUUUCCCAAAUUUGCUUUUAUUUAUGUUCCUCGCAUAGCAAUGUGUUUGUUGUGUUCUUGUUUAUUUCUGUGCCGUCUGUGAUACGGCUGACUCCUCACGCUUGCACACUUGGCCUUAAGAGCCUGGGGAUGCUUCGGUUCAGGCCGACGAUGCAGAUGUGGAAGAAGUCUGGGUGACACGGAUUGGAAUUCUGACCUCUGUUAGCCUCUGUUACUAAAAGCUGCAUCAUGUUUGCCUCCACAGUGACUUCAAGGGUUCGUCCUGGUCACAGAAAGCCUCACAGGUUAAAUAAGCUUAUUAGCUCUCCUCUCAACAACACUUCUGCUAGUUUUUGUUGUUUUACAGAGGUUUUAUUUUCGUAUCGGACUCGUGGUUGCUCUUGUAUCUUGUCUCAGGGUGCGUGCCAACGUUUUUUUUGUUGUCGUUUAUUUUUUAUUUUAUUUUUUUUCCUUCCAGACGUUUUUGAUGGUAGCUGGUGAGCUCAGCUUUCGUUCUUCGCGUAUUUUUGUGUCUUGCAUUUUUGUGUGUCUUUUUAUAAAGCUAAUGGGUGGGUAGCAUGAUUUUUUUUUUUUUUUUUAGAGUUUCUAAGCUAAGAAUAAUUGAUUCGUAGAGAAAACCAACUAGAUUUGCACAAUUAUUUUGGAUGAAAACCCAACAAGGGCUAUGAAAUAUCUCAAAAUAAAAUCCAGCAAUUCGUUUUUGGUUGUCAAUUGGCUGCUACAGCUAAUGUUAAUCGUUUAAGCUUUCGAUUUGCAAUUGCGUUCAAAAGACGUGUAUUUUAAGCUUCGUAAAUGUAUUGAGAACCAAUACUGUACAAGAAAACACCCUACAUGUCUUCAUCUAUGUAAGCUCCCAUUUAAUGUCAUCAGUUCGAAUAAUUUGGUCGGUUUGUUUCGUUCGUGCUGCUCCUCUGAAAUAUGAACACUGGCGUUCCAAAGCGUUGCUCAAAAACAUGCCUUUUUCACAAUUUGCUUAACUUUAUAAAACAUUUAGUAUUUGGACUGAUAACGGCAUAAGAAAAAGGCAAAAUGUUUACAAAAAGGUGUCGUGUUUUACGAGAAUUUUGCCAUGUACAUAGAAAUCGUGAGGCUCGUUCGAAUGGAUAGGUUUAGCAUUCUGUCUCUUUGUUUUGUACGUUUUUACAAGCAAACAGAGAAAUGGCCGUUUGAUAACUAUGCUCCUUUUCCUCAAGUUGUCUUUUUGCCCGACGGGGAUGCUCCAGUGUACCAUGAAUACAAAGUGCACCUCCAACUUUGCCUUAGAACUUCCAGAGGCCAUAGUUCACAUUUCAAGUGAAGAGUGUAUGCAGGGGCUGUGAGCCCCCAUGUUUCGGCUAGCAGAGCGGACUCUCUCUCUCUCACACUUAUCUACCUGUGAAAUCCUUCAUACCUCUCAUUACUGGUCAAUGACUGUAUCAGCAAACUGCAUCAGGUGUUUUUUCUACAUGCUUUUUACACAGAUUAUAUGGAUUAUUGUAUUGGUAGAUUUUGGUGCAUCAUUUUUAAUGGAAUAGCUCUUUGGCUUGUAGUCACACGAGUUGUUUUUCUCUCUCUAUCUCUCUUUCUGACUCUUUAUCGCAUUUUUUCUAGAAGACUGUUUUGUGUUAAUAUUGUCGAUUUGAGGUAGCUGUUUCUUUGCUUAUUCUGUACUAAGAGUUUUUACUUUUUUUCAUUUUGAAAUGACCCUAAUGAAUUUAAUGACUUAAAAACCAUUGUACAUACGGUAUUGUGCAGGACUCAUUUUCAUGCAUUUCAAUUGCUAGUGUUAUAUAAAUGACAGAUUUUGUCUAGACACCAUUUCUGUUUAUGAAAUAAAGAAACAUAUCAUGUAAA